AUGCCCUUCGGUCCCUUCACCCUCCAAUGGCGUCCUCCAACCCCGAAUCCCCCCUCUCCAACUCCCCUUCCAAACGGCCUAACCCGCACCUACAUCCGCACACCCUCUGGGUCCCUAGAACUCCUCUCCGCACCCCCCUCUGACCCAAAAACUUCCAAACCCCCGAUCUUCUUCGCCCAUGGCGGCUUCGGCUGCGCCUCGGUGUGGAUUCCUUACAUGCAAUUCUUCAGCGCGCAGGGUUACCCGUGUUAUGCGGUGAGUUACCGGGGCCAUGGCGGGAGCUGGUAUCCUGGGUUCUGGGCGCUGUAUUUUACGAGUCGGGGGCGGAUGGCGGAGGAUCUUGUUAGCGGAAUUGAGGCGGUGGAGGAGAUGGAGGGGGAGAAAAGGGGAGGAGGGCAGGAGCGGGUGAGGGUGGUGUUGGUUGCGCAUUCGGCGGGGGGAGCGUUGAGUCAGUGGGUGUUGGGUAAAGGGUUGAUUAGGGUGCAGGGGUUUUGUAUGUUUGCUGCUGUGCCGGGGUUUGGGUCGUAUCUACUUGCAACCGCCAAGCAAGUCCGGGAUCCGUUCUUUACGGCGUCGACACCUUGGCCGGUUGUACAGGCUUUGGAGCGCCUGCUCAGUCCAUACGAGUCUAUGCUCUGGCCCAUGCAAGCGCUUUUCCCAAUCGUCACAGGCCCAGAUGUCAUCCAAUCCAUCAUUGGGUGGAAGCCGAAACAGCCAGCGAAGUCAAAUGCGGAUAAGAAAGCCAGUGUUGUAUCGAGACUUUUCGUUCUUGCUGCCGAGUUCGACGUUCUCUGUACACCGUCUGUCCUGCUAGAUGCCGCAAAGCGCUACCGUACAGCAUUCAUCGAUUGCGUGAGACGAAAAAAACUGGACGGCAUGUCUGAGGAUUUUAUCGACACUGCAAGUGACGAGAGUGCAGAGUGCAACGGUGUGAAGUUUGAAAUCGUGAAGGGAGUGGCGCACCAUUUGCAGAACCAUGUAGAGUGGGAAAAGGGUGCCGAAGCAUUGCUUGACUGGGUCAAAGAGCUCGAUUGA